GAUCACGGGGUCAGCAGCAGCCUGUUCCAGAACCCUUCAAAACUUCACCUGACUCUUGGAACGCUGGUACUUCUGAAUGAGCAAGAGAUCCAGAAAGCGUGUGACCUCCUACAGCGAUGCAAAGAGGACUUCGUGGACCAAAUUGCUGGAGGCAAGCCCCUGACUGUGGAGGUGGCAGGAGUGGAGUACAUGAAUGACGAUCCUGCCAUGACAGAUGUCCUUUAUGCCAAAGUCCACAUGAAGGAUGGCUCGGACAGAUUGCAGUUGAUUGCUGAUCAGCUGGUGGAAAGGUUUGUGGCCUCCGGCUUGAUGCUUAAAGAAUGGGAUAGGGUGAAACUGCAUGCUACAGUCAUGAACACUCUCUUCAGGAAAGAUCCAAGUGGAGCCGAAGAGCGAAACAAUACAAUGGCUGGUAAAUCGUCUUUCAAGGAACGGGAGUCAUUUAAUGGCCGAAAUAUCCUCAAGCUCUUUGAGAACUUCUACUUCGGAGAGGUGCAGCUGGACUCGGUGCGUCUUUCCCAGAGGUUCUCCUCGGACGCCUCUGGCUACUACGCAACGUCUGGGCAGCUGACCUUCUCCUGA